CAAUGUAAGGCCGAAAUACAAUCAUAAUCACCUUGACAGUUUCUGAGAUACAGUAGCGCAUUUAUACUCAUGGAAUGAUAUAAUCCUAAUUAAUAACACUAUUAUCGCAUCUGUUCCAAACUUUGAAGAAGUUGCUGUAACUUUGGCAUAAACUUUUACCUAGUGCGAUAAAAGGUAGGGUUGCAAGUGACUACUUUGUGGACUUACUAAAAAACAUUCAUGUUAGAUACAACUUUACGGGAUACUAUGAGUGAUACCGACGAUAGCCAUGGUGAUCCAUGCAGUCCGACGGCUCUGUCGCCGGAUUUGAAGAAAGUAGAAGUAGACGGCGACGCGCUUCCAGAGAAAAUUCAGGAGGCAGUUUCGCAUGUGCUAAAGGGAUAUGACUGGUCACUGAUCCCUAUGCCCCAGAGAGGACCUGGAGGAGAGAAAAGAAAGCCACAUAUCAAGAGACCAAUGAACGCUUUCAUGGUCUGGGCUCAGGCAGCACGCCGGAAGUUAGCAGACCAAUACCCGCAUUUGCACAACGCAGAACUGAGCAAAACAUUGGGGAAACUUUGGAGGUUGCUGAACGAAGAAGAGAAGAGACCUUUUGUGGACGAGGCAGAGAGACUCCGAGUCCAACACAAGAAGGACCACCCUGACUACAAGUACCAGCCACGCCGUCGCAAGCCGCUUAAGAACCCAAACCAGGAUAACAACAACCCGAACCCGUUACCAAAGGGUGUCAUGUUUAAAGGUAUGCCAGAAGGCUCACCUUCUAACAUCAGUGAUGAUAGCAGUGACUGUUCGAGCACCCACAACCCACACGGUCCGCCUACCCCUCCAGCCACACCGAACCAUCAGGAACUCAUGAACCUACAAAAAUGCAUGAAUGAUCGUCUCAGAGCCAGACACAUGCCAGGUCACCCACAAGCCCAGCCAAUAGAUUUCAGCCGGGUAAAUUUACAAGAUCUGGGUGUUCCAGAGGUCAUGCCGCUUGACACAUUUGAUGACCAUGAGCUCGAUCAAUAUCUACCCAAUGGUCUCCCGAAUACAGGUCACAUGACCAGUCACAACCAAUCGGAGCAAUACUCAUCGUGCUACCAAGGAAACGCAACGUCAUCAACAACAUCCUGGUCAGGAUGUUUCAGGCCAUCAACUGGUUCGUGCAUGCAAGCGUACAGUUCUCUUACCAACUCUACGAACACAAGUAAUGUGAACAACACUAAUACAAACAAUAACAUUCCAUCACCAUACGAUUUGUCCGGGGCAAACUCGCCGAACAAUCAAGCGAACUCUCCUAACGCCAUCCAAAAUUCACAACAAACGUCAUCGCCUACCGGAAGUAUGCAUAGUCCUGGUUAUCAAGGUGCCAGUUCAAAUGCUAGCUGCAAAGUAAGAGAGGAGUCGGAUUCUGGAAUAAAGAUUGAACCAGCCAACCACCCAAGAGGCCCCGCCCCAAGAUAUCCGUGUGAUAAUAAAUUUGAAUACAGUAAUGCGUCUGUGUCACGCUUCGAAGGAAGUGCUCACCAAAACAUGGCAUAUACAGGCAAUACGCAUGCGCAAUAUAUGCACUCAUUAAACUACCCUCACAUGGGCAUGUCCCGGCAAAUGUUCAACCCAAUAGCAGCCGCUGUUCCCGGAGAACAACAGUGGGAAAGAUAUACCUGAAAAAAAAAACUUCCUAGAAAUAGGCCCCCGUCUAGUAUAAUUUGGGGCGAAUCUGAAAGUCAGCAAACCCCGAUUUACACGGGAACAUUGUCUCUAUUGGACAUUACCCAUGGCGAACUAUAUAAUGCAGAAAAAGUGCUACAUAGAAUACCUAAAUAUACCUAUACAUAGCAAACUAUGAACUAAGUUAAAAAAGUGACCUGAUGUAGCUUAUAUGCAGUGCUUCAGAGAGGAAGAAAUCAUCCUGUAGUAAAAGAGAGAAACGGACUAUAGAAAACGUGUAACGUUGUUUCAUGAAGUUAUGUUAAAUUAUUUAUUAUUUUUCAUAUCAUUCAUUUUUUUUUUUCAUUUAUUGCCAUUAAUCAUGUAUAACUUAAGUUUGCUUUGUCAUGUUUAUAUACUGUUUUUCAUUUUUGUCAUAAUUUUAGUCCCGAUUUGUAGGUUUUGGUUAUAAAUGAUGCUUUUAUAACUAGAAUAUGCAUGCAAAAUGCAUAUUACAAGUAAACACGUGCCUUAAACUGUCUGAAAAUGUUAUUUGAGUAGAAAGAUUUGCUGAACGUUUUCAUUUCUAUUCAUUUUAGUUUUCAUUCAUCAUAAACUGCUGCAUUAGUGACACUUUUAUUCAUUAUGUUCACAUACAACUUUAUGAUUUUAAUUCAUGAAGAAACCAUGCCACGUAAAUCCACUUAUUUAUUUGACACAAAAGGUCUUACUUAGUAUUUACUGGAUCACAAUAAUCAUCCAGAUAUUUAUCAAUACACAAAACACACCGGUGCUCAAAAUCAAGUAUUCAUCUAUUUAAAGCGCCAUCUAGAACAUGCUUUUAAAGUCUUGUUUUUGUCUACGUACUAUGUCUUUGAAAUGUCAUGUUGGUUUCCGUUCAAUUAGUCUUUCGUAUAUUUGUGUGGACAUUUUUUUUUCAAAUAACGAGGAAGAUUAUCAGCGUUCUUAAACAAGAAUAUUUCUGUAAUUCGCUUUCACAUCUUUUGCUUGCCUCUCUCCGUUAACCUUUAACAAUGGCGGCGGGAUGUCCGCCAUAUAUUACAAUAUUAACUGUCUCUGUCUUCCAUAUUUGCAUAUUAUAGCGAUGCAAUUUUAACUUUUUUUUUCAAAUAUUUGUAUUUUUUGCGUUAUGUCUAUGUUCUGAAGUCUAUGCAUAUUACAUUUUGAUUGCAAAUAUGUGUGUAAAUAUAAAAAAAUGAAAUGAAUAGAAUCUG